GUGAGCGCUCUUCGCUUCAGAAUUGAAUAAACAAGCAAGCUAUAAACAACUCAUAAAGAGAUUGUAACAAACAAUCAAACAAACGCGAAAGUGUAUUUAACACAAAAUCAUAAAGUUAUAGAAGAAUUUUCAAAAGUAUUAAACAGUUUUAGCAAGUAUAAGAAUAAGCAAAAAACAAGUCAAAAUGGUAGCAAUUGGUAUUGAUUUGGGAACAACAUACUCCUGUGUGGGAGUCUUCCAGCAUGGCAAGGUGGAGAUCAUCGCCAAUGACCAGGGCAACCGCACAACACCCAGCUAUGUGGCGUUCACCGACUCUGAGCGCCUCAUCGGCGAUGCAGCAAAGAACCAGGUUGCCAUGAAUCCAAAGAACACAGUAUUCGAUGCCAAGCGAUUGAUUGGACGCAAGUAUGACGACCCCAAGAUCAUGGAGGACAUCAAACACUGGCCAUUCAAAGUGGUGAGCGAUGGAGGAAAGCCGAAAAUUUGCGUCGAAUAUAAAGGGGAGAACAAACGCUUUGCGCCAGAAGAAAUCAGUUCCAUGGUGCUCACCAAGAUGAAGGAGACAGCCGAGCAUAUCUGGGCUACAGACUGUCACAGACGCGGUCAUCACAGUUCCCCAUACUUUAAUGAUUCACAGAGGCAAGCGACGAAGGAUGCCGGUCGAAUUGCUGGUUUGAAUGUGCUAAGAAUCAUCAACGAACCCACUGCAGCCGCAUUGGCCUAUGGUCUGGACAAGAAUCUGAAAGGUGAACGCAAUGUGCUGAUCUUCGAUUUGGGCGGCGGUACCUUCGAUGUAUCCAUUCUGACCAUUGACGAGGGUUCACUGUUCGAAGUGCGCGCCACUGCUGGCGACACACAUCUUGGUGGCGAAGAUUUCGACAACCGACUGGUGAAUCACUUGGCGGACGAGUUUAAGCGCAAAUACAAGAAAGAUCUGCGUUCGAACCCCAGAGCGUUGCGUCGUCUACGUACAGCAGCUGAGCGAGCGAAACGUACCUUGUCAUCGAGCACAGAGGCCACCAUUGAAAUCGACGCACUCUUCGAAGGAAUCGACUACUACACGAAAGUGUCAAGAGCACGCUUUGAGGAAUUGUGUGCCGAUUUGUUCCGUCAAACACUGGAGCCAGUGGAGAAGGCGCUGAAUGAUGCGAAGAUGGACAAGAACCAGAUUCACGACAUCGUUUUGGUUGGUGGCUCCACACGCAUUCCAAAGGUACAGAGUCUUCUGCAGUCGUUCUUCUGUGGCAAGAGCUUGAACCUUUCGAUCAACCCGGACGAGGCGGUGGCAUAUGGUGCAGCUGUCCAAGCAGCUAUUCUUAGUGGAGACAAGAGCAGUGAAAUUCAGGAUGUUCUCCUAGUCGAUGUGGCGCCACUGUCAUUGGGUAUCGAAACGGCUGGCGGUGUUAUGGCAAAAAUCAUUGAACGCAAUUGCCGAAUUCCCUGCAAGCAAACGCAAACAUUCUCCACCUACUCGGACAACCAACCUGGCGUCACCAUACAGGUGUAUGAAGGUGAGCGUGUGAUGACCAAGGACAACAACCGCUUGGGCACUUUCGAUCUAUCCGGCAUACCGCCAGCACCACGUGGAGUGCCACAGAUUGAAGUGACAUUUGAUCUGGAUGCCAAUGGUAUUCUGAACGUAUCGGCGAAGGAGAUGAGUUCGGGUAAUGCCAAGAACAUCACCAUCAAGAACGACAAGGGCCGUCUAUCGCAAGCCGAAAUCGAUCGCAUGGUCAACGAGGCUGAGCGUUACGCCGAAGAAGAUGAACGUCAGCGCAACAAGAUCGCGGCAAGAAACAGCCUGGAGAGUUAUGUGUUUGGCGUGAAGCAAGCGCUGGACGGUGCUGGUGAUAAACUCAGUGCGCAAGAGAAGAGCGAGGCGCUGAAGGCUUGCGACGACACAAUCAAGUGGCUGGAUGCGAAUACGUUGGCCGACAAGGAAGAGUACGAAGACAAGAUGAAGACGCUAACACAGCUUUGCGCACCAGUUAUGACAAAGUUGCAUAGCGGCGGACAAGGAGCUUCCUGUGGUCAACAGGCGGGAGGUUUCAAUGGUGGACGCAGUGGUCCCACUGUUGAGGAAGUAGAUUAAUCUGUAGCAGUUAGCAAAUUUAAUUAAGAAUAGAUCUCUGUACUCUAAUGUGUAAUUAAUAAGAAGCUAUUAGUAAAGAGUUAACUAGUCUCUAGAAGAAAUGUAAUGUAAAGAAGAAAGACUG